AUUCGAUACUGUUUGUUUUUCUACCUUUGCCAUGAAGCCGAAACCAGAGCCACUGAAAUUCAGAAAAAAUCCAAAUUUUAUCAGAAGAUAUCGGCUUUAUCCUCAAUAACGUUCUGGGCUUCUUUUUUUUUGUUGUUAUCGCGGACAUUAUUUUUUUUUUCCCUUAUGGUGGCAUGUCUCUGCCUCUGCCACGUCCCUCUCUCCGACAUGAGUUGUUUGUCUCCGGCCACCGGAACUUCUUCCCGCCUCUUCUGCUCCUUCGAUUUGUCUUUGGAGAGACGAUCACUCCGAUUCGGAUUCUGGUUGCAGAGAAAUGGGGUCUCGUUUAGACGAAGCCUGAGAUUUGUAAGCAGGGCGGAGCUGUCGAAGUCGUUUUCUCCUGAUCUGGGUUUGGAUUCUCAGGCUGUGAAAUCCCACGAUACAUCAAACUUGCCUUGGAUCGGUCCAGUUCCAGGCGACAUUGCUGAAGUUGAGGCUUACUGUAGAAUAUUUAGAGCAGCUGAAAGGCUACAUGGAGCAUUGAUGGAGACACUUUGCAAUCCUUUGACAGGUGAAUGUAGAGUUCCAUAUGAGUUUUCUCCCGAGGAAAAACCGUUAUUGGAGGACAAAAUCGUGUCAGUGCUUGGAUGUUUAUUAUCGCUUCUGAAUAAAGGACGGAAGGAAAUUAUCUCUGGAAGGUCGUCUUUUAUGGAUUCAUUCAGUGUGGCUGAUGUAAGUGUCACGGAGGAACUGCUUCCACCCCUUGCUGUUUUCAGGGGUGAAAUGAAACGAUGUUGCGAGAGCUUACACAUUGCUCUCGAGAAUUAUUUGAUGCCUGAUGACGAAAGAAGUGGAACUGUUUGGAGGAAAUUACAAUGGCUGAAGAAUGUCUGCUAUGAUGCUGGUUUUCCACGUCGGGAUAACUAUCCUAGCCAUACAAUUUUCGCGAAUUGGGACCCUGUCUACUUUUCAAAUACGAAAGAGGAUUUUGGUUACCAGGAAACUGAGGUUGCUUUUUGGAGGGGUGGACAGGUAACAGAAGAGGGACUGAAGUGGUUAGUAGAAAAAGGGUAUAAAACAAUAGUAGACUUGAGAGCUGAAGAUGUGAAGGAUACAUUCUAUGAGGCAACCCUCGAAGAUGCUAUUUCCCGGGGGAAGAUUGAAUUGGUGAAAAUCCCGGUGGAGGUAAGGAUGGCACCUUCAGCUCAGCAGGUCGAGCAGUUUGCUUCUCUAGUAUCAGAUUGCAGCAAAAGGCCGAUAUACCUUCACAGUAAGGAAGGGGUUUGGAGAACUUCUGCUAUGGUAUCCAGGUGGAAACAAUACAUGACACGUUCGAUGAACAAGGAAACUCCGGUUUUGGAAGAGACAAAGCGACGGGAGGUUUCUGAAACUAAGCCUGGGUCGAAAGCAGUAUAUCGCACGCAUGUUCCUCAAAAACUUGCUGAUGAUGUCUCUGGUAUCACUGAAUUUGAUAGUAGUUCUGUUUCGAAGGAAAGCAAUGAAUCAAAAGAGAGAAGCAACGAAGGACAGACAUCUGUAUCAGAAUUUAGUAUGGUGGCUGAUCCUCUUAAAUCUCAAGUUCCACCACUCAAUGUUUUCUCAAGAAAGGAAAUGUCUGCGUUCUUGAAGAACAAAGGCAUUGCACCUGCUGCUUAUCUUAAUAAUCAAUACAGAACACUGGGAACAGUAUCAUCUUCGCAAUUUUCAUAUGUUAGGACGACGGAGAGAAAUCAGAUGAUUGAUAAAGACGCUCUGAAGGAUUUCUCAGAGACAGGAAACUCCAAUGGGUCCCUUCUAUCCUUAGGAUCACAGGGUUCAGAUUUUGGCAAUGGAACAUUUUCAAAUGGAGACGUUCAUGCUUCUAGUAUCACCAAUAAAAGUGUAUAUGUUGACCGGGGAAAUGGUUUUUCUGGUGAGCCUACUGCUAUAUCUCCCAAUGUGGCUAAACCUGUAAGAAAGUCUCAUAAAAGCAGUGGUGCUUCUCCUUUGGAUUCCAGUGAUGACGAAAUUGGAUCUAUUGAGGGGAAUAUGUGUGCUUCUGCUACUGGUGUAGUGAGGGUGCAAUCUAGAAAAAAGGCAGAGAUGUUCUUAGUUCGAACCGAUGGGUUUUCUUGUACAAGGGAAAAGGUGACAGAAUCAUCCCUAGCCUUCACUCACCCAAGUACUCAACAGCAGAUGCUUCUAUGGAAAUCUACACCAAAAACUGUUUUACUGCUGAAGAAGCUUGGGCAAGAACUCAUGGAGGAAGCUAAAGAGGCUGCAUCUUUCUUGUAUUACCAAGAGAAAAUGAAUGUACUGGUUGAACCUGAGGUGCAUGACGUAUUUGCGAGGAUUCCAGGAUUUGGAUUUGUCCAGACCUUUUACAUUCAAGACACAAGUGAUCUCCAUGAAAGAGUUGAUUUUGUUGCAUGCUUAGGAGGAGAUGGGGUGAUACUGCAUGCGUCAAAUUUGUUUAAGGGGGCCGUUCCUCCUGUAGUUUCAUUCAAUCUAGGCUCUCUUGGAUUUCUCACUUCCCAUACUUUUGAGAACUUCAGGCAAGAUCUCAGAAGGGUCAUCCAUGGAAAUAACAUGUUGGAUGGAGUUUAUAUAACUCUUAGGUUGCGUCUUCGUUGUGAAAUCUAUCGUAAUGGCAAAGCAAUGCCUGGUAAAGUGUUUGAUGUCCUGAAUGAGAUCGUUGUUGAUCGAGGAUCAAACCCAUACCUUUCAAAGAUCGAGUGCUAUGAGCAUGACCGUCUCAUCACCAAGGUGCAAGGUGAUGGAGUCAUAGUUGCCACACCUACGGGAAGUACUGCAUACUCUACAGCUGCAGGAGGUUCCAUGGUGCAUCCGAACGUUCCUUGCAUGUUGUUCACUCCGAUCUGCCCGCACUCCCUUUCUUUCAGACCUGUUAUACUUCCGGAUUCUGCAAGACUUGAAUUAAAGAUUCCCGAGGAUGCUCGAAGCAAUGCAUGGGUUUCAUUUGAUGGAAAGAGAAGGCAACAGCUCUCUAGGGGAGACUCGGUGAGAAUAUAUAUGAGUGAGCAUCCACUCCCAACCGUCAACAAGUCUGAUCAGACCGGUGAUUGGUUUAGAAGCUUAAUCCGUUGCUUAAACUGGAACGAACGGCUUGAUCAGAAGGCCCUCUGAGUAACGGACACAAACAGGUCUAUCUGCAUAAUCUUUCCCUCUCACUGUACAGAUUGAAAAACUCACAAGAAAGAAAUAAAAAGGAAUAUACAGUAGUGUCAGUAUAUCUGAUGAUCAAAGAAUGUAUACUGUACGAUACUUUACACCAACUGAUAAAAAACCCUACAGUUGAAACUUU